AUGGAUGAGGCCUAUGUCGCCUUCCUCUUCUUGCUCCACUACCUCGUGGCCCGCGCCGGCGCCGGCGGCAAGGGCAAGGGCUCGCAGCAGCUUCCGCCGAGCCCUCCGGCCAUCCCGUUCCUCGGCCACCUCCACCUUGUCAAGACUCCGUUCCACGCGGCGCUGACCCGCCUCGCGGCGCGCCAUGGCCCUGUGUUCUCCAUGCGCAUGGGGUCCGGCCGCGCCGUGGUCGUGUCCUCGCCGGAGUGCGCCAAGGAGUGCUUCACGGAGCACGACGUGAACUUCGCCAACCGCCCGAUGUUCCCAUCGAUGCGGCUCGUGUCCCUCGACGGCGCCAUGCUCUCCGUGUCCAGCUACGGCCCGUACUGGGGCAACCUCCGCCGUGUCGCCACCAUCCAGCUCCUCUCCGCGCACCGCGUCGCGUGCAUGACCCCCGCCAUCUCCGCGGAGGUGCGCGGCAUGGUGCGGAGGAUGGAGCACGCCGACGCGGCCGCCCCCGGCGGCGCCGCGCGCAUGCAGCUGAAGCGGAGGCUGUUCGAGCUCUCCCUCAGCGUCCUCAUGGAGACCAUCGCGCAGACCAAGACAUCCCGCACCGAGGCCAACGCCGACACGGACAUGUCGCCCGAGGCGCAGGAGUUCAAGCAGAUUAUCGACGAGCUCGUGCCGUACAUGGGAACGGCCAACCGGUGGGACUACCUGCCGGUGUUGCGUUGGUUCGACGUGAGGAACAAGAUCCUCGACGCUGUGAGCAGAAGGGACGCGUUCUUUAGGCGGCUCAUCGACGGGGAGCGGCGGAGGCUGGACGAUGGCAACCAUAGCGAAAAUAAGAGCAUGAUUGCAGUGCUCCUCAGUUUGCAGAAGUCUGAGCCCGAGGUCUACACUGACACUGUGAUCAUAGCUCUGUGCGCGGUGCUCGAGGCAGAGCAAGUACAGGCAACAGAUCAAAAUGAAAAUGAAGCAACAGGUGAAGAGAAUGAGGAUGAAGCACCAACGGGUGGAGAGAACUAA